ACUAACCAAGGCUGACUUUUGCGAAUUGAUCCCGCAUUUAAGUAUAGAAGAUUUGCUCUUAAUUGAAUAUCGUAUCAUUGAUUGGAAAAAAAUGAUUACUCUUUUGAAUAUAUCCAAAAAGUUGUACCGAUGCAAUAUAUGCAUGGUGAAACAAUUUGGAGAUAAAAUUCGUUUGCAUAUGGAUGAUAGCAAUCAUAAAACAAAAAUGAAAACUGUUAAACAGUUUUAUUUGGAGGGAUACACGUACCCUAAAAAUCAUGAUAUUAAAGAAUUAAAAGUAAUGGUAACAAAUGUAAGGCCAGAAAAUAACAGUAACAAAAAUGUAAAGGUAAAAAAUCCGGUAAAUGUCAAUUCCAAAACUCGGCUUAAUGAAAAAAGUAACCUUAAAAAAGUUCCAAUACAAACUAAUAUAAAUAAAGAUUCCGGGGUCUCUGAAUCAAAUAAAGGAAAUACUAAUACUGUUGGUAAAACAUUGAGCGCAGAAACGGGUAAGGUCACAAUGGGAAAUACUAAAGAUAUUAGCAACAAACCAUUAGCUGCAAAUAAUAAAAAUGCUUUAAAAGAGAAUAGCAAUUCACAAACCGUAGAUAAUAAUAAACAAUUGUCAACACCUAACAAACAGGGAAUGAAUUUUAUAAAAAAUCCAUUCACUCAGAAGGAAGACGUUACCAUGACUGAAGAGUCAAAUGUGACUGUUGUGGAAGAUCUGACAGAAGUGAUUGUUAUUGAUGAUGAUGAUAAGUCAACAGAUACCGAAAAUAAUGGCGAAAACACUACACUUUCAGCAAAUGAUAAAAAUGUGGAAACAAAUGCAAGUAAGGAUUCAUCAAGCAAAUCGCAAAUUGUUGUUAACCCAGCAGCCUUGUUGAUUGAGAAAUCAACUGAACAAAAUAAAAAACAAAACGUGACCAAAAGUAAUAACAAUAGCAAUAAUAAACCGAACUAUCAAAAAAAUAUAGUUGUCAUACCAACAGUUUGCAAGUCGAAGCAACAACAGAAAAAGCCGAACCCUCAACAAAUUAAAGACAAACAAAAUUUUGCAGUUAAAACGUUUGGUGGUGUACCGAUUAAAAGAGAUAUAUUAGGGUUAAUAGGUGUUGAAUAUGUUAUAAAAAUUCUUAAACAUAAAGCUGAUAAUUCUCCCAGAUAUGAAUGCAGUCUGUGUGAGAUUCGUUUAUUUGGUAAUGAUAUGCAAAAUCAUUUAGCUGGUUACAAUCACCGUUUAAAAUAUAUGGAAAAGCAUUUUCCAACUGCUCUACGCCAUUUUCGCCGAUAUAUAACGAAUGUAGAAGAGCAUGAAGUAUUUAAAGUACUGGCACCUAUUCUUCAUAAAUUGGCAUAUGCUAUUGAAGAACAUCAUGGGCGAAACUUACCUCACGAAUGUUUUGAAUGGGAGUAUAAUUCAGAAAGAUCCGAAAUACAGACUAAAGUAUAUUCGUUCAGACAUGCCUCUGAACUGAUAGGUCCUUCGUUUACACAAGUUGUUGAUACCAAAGAAGUCGAUAAAUUAAUUGCUGAAAGGCACAAUUACAAGCCGCCAGCAUUACUAUGUACUCCUGAAAAAAAAAUGAAUGAUAUAAUACAUCGUCCAAACGGUAAUAUAACAACACAAACAACGUUAAUACCGGCAACUAAUUUACCAACACUUACUACUUUACCAACACCAACUGCUGCUUUAGCACCUAAUCAACCAUACAAUUAUCAACAAUAUAAUUAUCCAAAUUUUCAACAACCAAAUUUUAAUUAUAGAAAUUUCCAACAAAAUGACAUGCAUAACUAUAGUUAUAAUGCCGCACCGGCUCCACCAGUUGACGAUAGAACUUAUAACCAAUUGGUGGACAAUUUUUUAAGAGAUACUAACCGCGGUCGUCGACCAAACUUAAAGCGCAGUCGUUCAAAAUCUCCUUUAUAUGAAAAUAAACGAUUAAACUAUGGACAUGCAUAUGAAAGUGAACGUCGCAAAUCUAUUUCGCCAUUACGAAAAGAUGACAUAUGGCAAGCGUACCGACAUAUGGUAGAUAGAAAAUUAGAUGAAAUCAAUAUGUUAUAUAAGGGUUAUACCAAAGAUCCUGAAACGCAUCCUAUGUAUAAUGAAGAGUGGCAGAAAUUUUGGAAACGUCGCAGAGAUGAACUUUACGCUGCUGGAAUUAAUCAUCGUUCGUAUAAUUAUCAGCCCGAGUGGAUAGCUUAUUUUAAAACUCGUAUUACUGAACUUUAUAAUCAGUCCAUAGAAGAAGCAAAAGUAGAAUGUAGGGAAAGACUUUGUCUACCUAUGGCCAAUGAUACAUUAGAAAAUCCGAAUUACCAUAUAAAUAAUAAUGUCCAAACAUCAACGCAACCAAUAAGUAAUAAUAAACCAAAAUUACAGGAUAAUAACAAGGCCGAUCUGAAAAGAAAGGAUAGUUAUGAAAAUUCAUAUAAUUGCGAAGUUGUACCGGUUUUGCGUUUGAUGACAGCAUUAGAGGAACAUUUGGGAAGUUUGGGACCCAAAAUUAUAGAGCUAAUGUCAAAAACAUUACAAAUAGAAAAAACGAAUCCAAAGGAAGUAGACCGUAUAAUACUUACAGAGGAAAAUUGUACAAUGCUUCAAACGUGUAUGGAAAAGUUUAAAGGCAUAGUAAUUUCUGGUCUGUUAGAAGGUACAAAAGCUAAUGCUUUAAAUAAAGCAAUAAAAGAAAUAAAAAUGCUUUUAGAAUAUGCAGACAAAGAAUUUAAUAAUGAUUCAAAUGAGUUAGGGUUUGCUGAAGUAAAUAAACGUCCUACAGCCCAAGUCCAAUUAAGUAAUCCAGUCCCAGUGCCAGUUUCAGCUCCAGUAACUGGAAUGAAAAGUGCUAAUGACCUAGUCGGUAGAAGUAAUGCUCAAAUGAACACAAAAUCUUCCUUCCUUACUGAUGCCAAUGAAAAUGCAACAAAUCAAAAAAAAUCAUCUAAUGAAAUACGAUCUCCAAAUCCACAAAUACUUGCCGUAUUGGAACAAUACAAUAUAAAAGAUUUAGCUACAAAAUUUGCUGCAUCGUUAACAGCUCAAGGAAAAACCAAUUUUACACUUGACCAGUUGGAACAACUUUUAUCUGUUUAUAAAUGUAUGGAAAAGAAAAAACAUGAACAAACAAGUACGACAAGUUCAACUUUAAAUUCGGGUUCUUCAGCGGCUCAGAAAGCCUCACAAAGGGAGAUCGUAUCCGAAAGUCAAUCUCAUUCAAAUCGUACGGAGACAAUUACUUCAAAUUAUUCUAACAAUAACAUUAGUAACCUUUUAGAACAACGUAGCAAUGUACCAACAAUAAGUAGUGGUCAAAAUAAUAAUAAUUAUUCAAAUGUCAGUAAUUUUUCCAGACUUUCAAGUGCAAACUAUAAUAAUGUUGGUACUAAUAAUGAUAAUAUUAGAAGUAUAAAUUCUACGGGUGUUCAAAAUACAAUGGGUAUACAAAAUGCGAUGGGUGUUCAAAAUACAAUAGGUGUUCAAAAUACAAUUGGUGUUCAAAAUACUAUGAAUUCAACAAAUUUAACAGUAGGAAGGAAUAUGAAUAUGAAUGCCAGUCAAAAUUACACAGGUACUAUGACCAACAACAAUAGCAAUAUGUGGAAAACUGCCCAAAAUAGCAACCGGACAGGUAAUUUUAACAACUCUAAUAACAGCGCUGGCACCCACGUUUGGAGUGCAGGUGGAACAAACUGGACUGGUUAUAACAGUGGAAACAGUAUUGUCAAUCAACAACAAAAUCGAGACACUGGUUCAACACAGUUGCAAACGCAGCAAUGGUCCACAAGUCAAAAUCAAGUUAAUCAAUCUCAAUCGAUUCAGUCUAAUCGACCCUUUCAAUCUUAUUCUGCUUCUGUAAAUCAAAAUCAGGAACAAAAUCGCAACGAUUGGCUAACUAAAUCAACAUCUGCUUCUGCAUCAACAUUUUCAUCUAAUAGAGACAGAGGACGUAAUGCACAGAUUUGGGAGAAAUCCAAUCAAACAUCUAAUCGAGGUUUUGUUGGUACUCAACUUAAAGGACAGAACCGGAAAAGAUUUUAAUUAUAAUAUUACUAGUUUUAAUUACAUAGUCUACUUAAAUUUUUAAAAUAUUUUGUCAAUAUUAGAUACGCCAAGCCGGCAAUGUUAGCCUGGUAAAGAAAUAUAGAUCUAAUAUAACAAUGUAAUAAUUACAUGAAUGCCAUUGUUUUGAAUAAAAUUAUAUUAAAAUAUUUUCUACAA